AUCUCUUCUGCUGGUGAUAGGAAAGCUUUAUCUCAUCCAGAAGUCAUUGAUAAGCGGAUUAAGACAAACGAAGAUUUUCUUUGGACGAUUGAAGUUCCCUUAACUGGAAAAAUCAUCAUCGACGUUGAGUUCCUUGACUUGAAGGUUCUGUCUCAAGAUAGUGGAGAAUUUUACUCUAUCUGGGCAGACGGUUCAACCGAGAAUCAAUCGAAAGCAACAGCUGUAACAUCCCUUGGCCGUAUGUUGACAGAAAGCAUUUACACAGACAUAAUGAUCAAUGCAGCUGGUGGAAGCAUUGGUGCUCACCGAGCUGUUCUUGCCGCCCGUUCACCUGUUUUCCGCAGCAUGUUUUUACAUGACCUGAAAGAGAAGGAGCUAUCGGAAAUAAACAUACUGGACAUGCCUCUUGAUGCUUGCCAAGCUUUUCUCAGUUAUGUAUACGGCAAUAUCCAGAACGGAGACUUUCUUAUACACAGAUUGGCACUCCUCCAAGCAGCUGAUAAGUAUGAUAUUGCUGAUUUAAAAGAAGCUUGCCACUUGAGUCUGCUAGACGAUAUCGACACAAAGAAUGUGCUGGAGAGGCUACAGAAUGCUUAUCUAUAUCAGUUACCUGAGCUGAAGGCUAGCUGCAUGAGGUAUCUUGUGAAGUUUGGUAAGAUAUUUGAGAUCCGAGAUGAGUUCAACGUAUUCAUGCAAUGCGCAGACAGAGAUUUGAUUUCUGAAGUCUUCCACGAAGUCCUCGGUACCUGGAAAGGAUUUUAAGGGAAACCAGAAUGGGUAUUAUUAUGUGUGCUAUUGUUAUUAUUUAUACAAGAAGAUUUGUGGACACUAAUUUUUUUGUGCAAAAGGGAUUUGUUGGUCGUUUAUGUACAUAUGUAAAAGAUCACAGAACAAAGAAAAUGUAAACUAGUAAUCUAGAGGUGCUUGGUAAAUCAGAAGAGAAGUUCAUCU